GGGGGACGGGGGAGGAUGGAGCAAGUGGAGAUCCUGAGGAAAUUCAUCCAGAGGGUCCAGGCCAUGAAGAGUCCGGACCAUAAUGGGGAGGACAACUUCGCCCGGGACUUCAUGCGACUAAGAAGAUUGUCAACCAAAUAUAGAACAGAAAAGAUUUAUCCCACAGCCACUGGAGAAAAAGAAGAAAAUGUUAAAAAGAACAGAUAUAAGGACAUACUGCCAUUUGAUCAUAGCCGAGUUAAGUUGACUUUAAAGACUCCUUCUCAAGAUUCAGAUUAUAUCAAUGCAAAUUUUAUUAAGGGUGUUUAUGGGCCAAAAGCAUAUGUGGCAACCCAAGGACCUUUAGCAAAUACGGUAAUAGAUUUUUGGAGGAUGAUAUGGGAGUACAAUGUUGUAAUCAUUGUCAUGGCCUGUCGUGAAUUCGAGAUGGGAAGGAAAAAAUGUGAACGGUAUUGGCCUUUGUUUGGAGAAGACCCUAUAACAUUUGCACCAUUUAAAAUUUCUUGUGAAGCUGAACAAGCAAGAACAGACUACUUCAUUAGGACACUCUUACUUGAAUUUCAAAAUGAAUCUCGUAGGCUAUAUCAGUUCCAUUAUGUGAACUGGCCAGACCAUGAUGUUCCUUCAUCAUUUGAUUCUAUUCUGGACAUGAUAAGCUUAAUGAGGAAAUACCAGGAACAUGAAGAUGUGCCUAUUUGUAUUCAUUGCAGUGCAGGCUGUGGAAGAACAGGUGCCAUUUGUGCCAUAGAUUAUACGUGGAAUUUACUAAAAGCUGGGAAAAUACCAGAAGAAUUUAAUGUUUUUAACUUAAUACAAGAAAUGAGAACACAGAGGCAUUCUGCAGUACAAACUAAGGAGCAAUAUGAGCUUGUUCAUAGAGCUAUCGCCCAACUGUUUGAAAAACAACUACAACUAUAUGAAAUUCAUGGCACCCAGAAAAUUACUGAUGGAGUGAAUGAAGUUAACACUGAAAAUAUGAUCAGCUCCAUAGAUCAUGACAAACAAGAUUCUCCCCCUCCAAAACCACCAAGGACCCGCAGUUGCCUUGUAGAAGGGGAUGCUAAGGAAGAAAUACUGCAGCCUCCAGAACCUCACCCAGUGCCCCCCAUCUUGACACCUUCUCCCCCUUCAGCUUUUCCAACAGUCACUACUGUGUGGCAGGACAAUGACAGAUACCAUCCAAAGCCAGUGUUGCACAUGGUUUCAUCAGAACAACCUUCAACAGACCUCAACAGAAACUAUAAUAAAUCAACAGAACUUACAGGGAAAAAUGAAUCAACUAUUGAACAGAUAGAUAAAAAAUUGGAGCGAAAUUUAAGUUUUGAGAUUAAGAAGGUUCCUCUUCAAGAAGGACCAAGAAGUUUUGAUGGGAACACACUCUUAAAUAGGGGACACGCAAUUAAAAUUAAAGCAGCUUCGGCUUCACCGUGUACAGUUGAUAAAAUCUCUAAGUCACAGGAAUUGAGUUCAAGAGAUCUAAAAGUUGAUGAUAUUUCCCAGAAUUCUUGUGUGGACUGCAAUGCAACACAGUCAAAUAAAGAUCCGAUUAUUCUACCAGAAGCAUCACAAAAGAAUUCAGACACACCUCCAAGGCCAGACCACUUACCUCUUGAUGGAAAAGGACAUUUAACGUGGUCAUUUCAUGGACCUGAGAACACUCUACCCAUGCCUGAUUCAUCUGAAGGCAAAUCCUCAGAUAUCCACUGUCAAACAAUGAAAACUGUGAGUUCAACACCAAGCCCCACAAUACAAGCUGAAACCCAUGAUCCUGCAGAUCAUCAUGACAGUUCCCCUCUAUUCAGAGCACCCCUGAGUUUUACUAAUCCUCUUCACUCUGAUGACUCUGACUCAGAUGAAAGGAACUCUGAUGGUACUGUGACCAAGAAUAAAACCAGUAUUUCAACAGCAAGUGCCACUGUUUCUGCUGCCACUAGUAGCAUUUCUACAAGGAAAGUAUUACCAAUGUCCAUUGCUAGACAUGAUAUAGCGGGAACAAUACAUUCAGGUGCUGAAAAAGAUGUUGAUGUUAGUGAAGAUUCGCCUCCUCCCCUACCUGAAAGAACUCCUGAAUCAUUUGUACUAGCAAAUGAACACAAUAUAUCUGUAAGAGCUGAGUGGAGUGAACUUCGAAAUCAGGAACAGUCUGAACAAAAAAUACCUGAAGGCUUGAUAACCUCUGGAAGUGAAACAUGUGAUCAUCCAGCACGAGGUAUUCAUACAGAGACCUGUACAGAAUGUCCACCUACUUUUAGUAAUAAGAAAGAUCAACUAUCAGAAAGUCCAACAGAAGCCACAGAGAUUGGUUUUGGUAAUCGCUGUGGAAAACCCAAAGGACCAAGAGAUCCACCUUCAGAAUGGACAUGAUUCAGGGAACUAAAAGACACUUUAAAUUAUACUGGAAAAUUCAAGUGCCACUGAAAGCCAGAUUUAUAGUAUUCCAUCUUAAAAAUGUGGGACUAACAGCAGUGUAGAUUGUUACCUUAGUGAUUUUUUUCUUUUUUUUUUUUUUUUGCUGGGACCAUCUACCUGCCUUAUAUUACACUUAGGAAAAGUAUUACAUUUGGUUUAUUUUGUAACUUCAAGUAUUAUUGCCUUAAUGUCUCUUAACCCUGUUACACGCUGCUUGUAGACAUGUUAAUAUAGUAAUACUUUUUAUGAUAAAUUGAGUUUAAGGACUACUCUUUUUUGCUAAUGUUUUAUCAUGUAUGCAUUAUU